AUGUCCUACGAGCGAGAUCCUGAACAGACCCCAACCGUCUUGGCCUCCCAAUAUGCUUCGCCGACCGACGACACAUCCUCCUCCAGCAACCACGAUACAAUGCCUCCAACUCGCCCGAAGGAGUCCUUCGUCUCCCGCUUACAGAUACAGUCGACACAAAUUCCGAAGGCGUGGAUCAGCCCCAUAUGCGGUGCCGGUGCCGGUUUCGCAUCGGGCAUAGUGACAUGUCCCCUGGAUGUGAUAAAGACAAAAUUGCAGGCUCAGGGCGGCUUCGCUGCCAAAAAUCGCCAAGGAGCGAUGUCACAGACCAACCAGCUCUACAAAGGUCUGGUUGGCACCACUCGAGUGAUUUGGCGGGAAGAAGGUCUCCGGGGGAUGUACAGAGGUCUCGGGCCUAUGUUGCUGGGCUAUCUGCCCACCUGGGCCGUGUACCUGACUGUAUAUGAGAACACGCGCGAAUAUUACUACGAGAAGUGUGGCAGUUGGUGGGUGGCUCGGUGUUACUCGUCCCUGACGGCGGGAGCGUGUUCGACGGUCCUGACAAAUCCGAUCUGGGUGAUCAAAACCCGGCUGAUGUCACAAAGCACCAAAGCUGCUAGCGACGGCAUGCGCGCUCCAUGGCACUAUACUUCGACCUGGGAUGCGGCUAGGAAAAUGUACCGCACCGAAGGCAUCCGGUCAUUCUAUUCGGGACUUACGCCCGCGCUCCUCGGCUUGACCCAUGUUGCCGUCCAGUUUCCCCUGUACGAAUAUUUCAAGAUGAAAUUCACAGGCUAUGGCAUGGGCGAACAUCCAGUCGAAGACAGUGGUGCCAAUUGGAUUGGGAUCACCGCCGCCACUUUCCUGAGCAAGAUCUGCGCCAGCACAGCUACCUAUCCUCAUGAAGUCCUACGAACUCGCCUUCAGACCCAGCAACGCAGGUCUGGCGUGUCAUCGUCAGAUGGAAUGGCCGUCAAAGUACGCUAUACUGGCAUCUUACAUAUGUGCAGAGUCAUCCUCCAAGAGGAAGGCUGGCAUGCAUUUUACGCAGGCAUUGGCACAAACCUUAUCCGCGCCGUCCCGGCCGCCAUGACCACCAUGUUGACAUACGAGUGGUUGCAAAAACUUAUCCAUCAAGCCCAGGCCAAAGGUGAAGAAUUGAAACGACCGACUGACGCAUAUCCGAUAUGA